AUGGCACCACAGUCGACGAGCCACGCUGGCGUCUUCCUAGAAAGCGAAUGGAUUGGGUCUGCAAUACUAUCCUUGGUACUACCAGGUAGCAUCAAGGGGUUCGAGCCGGAGGAACGAGACGACGACGAGACACUGGAGUGGCUCGAUGAGCCUGCUACAGUUAUCCGGGGAGAGUCUGGGUUUGUUGCUGCAAACGAGGUGAACCUUAAUGACCCGGACAUUCUAUAA